AUGUUCGUUGGCUCACCCAGUGUAGGCAAACAGCCUCCUUUACUGUCUAAGAAAAGAAUUCCUGAAUUGUCGAACGUUAUGGACGAUACUAUUCGUGGUUCAUCUUUGGUACCUGCCGGGAUUUUGAACGGUGAAGAUGAGGGCCAAAUGUUGCAUAUGUCUCCCCAAAAUCCAGAGCCGCAGCUAGGAAAAACCGAUGCUGAUUAUCUACCCACCUACGCUUCCCUGAAUCCAUUGAUGGAAAAGUCUACAACUCCCACUGGAAGAUUGCUUGGUGGUUUGAAUGGUGGAAUGGCGUCUGCACCCCCCAAAAUGGGAGUUCACUAUCCACGUCUCUUUGCUAUAAAAAUUGAUGAUUUACCUCGAAAUCUAACUGCUAGAGAGUUUUCAUGCACUUUUCUGUUUGCUAGUAAUGUUGUAUCUACCGAAAUUGUCCCUUCCGCUGAUGAUACUGCUUAUGGAUUAACGGUGUUUUCUUCCAGAGACGCCGCUCUUUCAGCUCGUGAUGUUUUACUUUCAAGUGAAGUUUAUGGUCUUUGUAGCGUGACCGUCAUUGAUAAUUACCGCAAAAGCAGUCAAACAAAUGUUAGUGAUGGAACGGAAGGCUCAGAAGGCAGUAGUCGCCUGUCUAGAAAUCAUUCUCCUAUUCGUCAAUUGUUUGGUAGUCGUGAUUUAUUUCGCCGUCCAAGCAAUCAUGUUUCAAAUUCGGCUGUGGGCCAUAAUGAUUCUGCUUAUGAUCACUCCAAAACGCCUCUGUCUGAACAUUUUGCAACUGCUCCUAAUAGCGCUCUGCAAUCCGAUCGAUUGUGGUCAUCGUUCCCCGUGUCAUAUCCAUUAUCGUUGGCCAAUGCUUUAUCGAAGGAUGAUGUCUCUUCCCCUACAUGGUCACCUACGGCGAAUAAAAGCGCUAACUCACGACAGGAUACUGUUCCUCCUGUUAUGAGAUUCAAUUCACUUUCCAUAAACACAAAUGUUUCUCGACCCUAUCUGUCUUCAGAGAAGGGAGGUUAUGCUCAUUCGAAGAGUGCUCAAUCUCCUCAUCCCAGAGUUCUCUCGGCCAAUGGUGCUUUUGGAGUAAACAGUCCUCCUUUAACACCUUCUAAUACCAGAGACUAUCCAUUGUCUGCCUCUGUACUACCUGCUACUCCAUUUUCACCUUACGCUUCGCAUAAUGGCAUUCAUCAAAGGAUUCCUGCUACAACACCUACAAACAUAAAUCCUGCCGAUCAAAAUCCACCUUGUAAUACUAUUUACGUUGGGAAUCUUCCACCCUCUACUUCCGAAGAUGAAUUGAAGGCGCUUUUUUCAACGCAACCUGGCUACAAGCGUCUUUGUUUCCGUACCAAAGGAAAUGGUCCAAUGUGUUUUGUGGAGUUUGAUAAUAUACCUUGUGCUAUGGAAGCCUUGAAGACACUUCAGGGUGUGUGCUUAAGCAGUAGCAUAAAGGGUGGUAUUCGUCUUAGCUUUUCGAAAAACCCUUUGGGUGUACGUUCGUCGAGCUCUUCUCAUAACCACGGUAAUGUUCGUAAUCUCCAUUCCGGAUCGAUGAACACUCAUGGUGCUGGAUUUUUCCUAAAUGAUACAGGACAGUAUGAUACACACAAUAGCCCUAGUUGGGCCAACAAUUUAAUGUACGGUAAAUAG